AUGGCCGUAGCAAUGCCAGCCCCUGCUGCAGCUUGCUCGCUCCUUCUACUUCUCCUUGUGGUGGCCGCGCCGGUGGCCGCUGGGAAUCCCAAGAUCGAUGAGUGCGUCAUCCAUGGUGUUUUCUGGGCCGCUUGGGCUGACUCGGAGCAGUUGACGGAGGGCCUCGGCAUCUCGGAGCACACGUUCAGCACCUUCAUCUUCGACCUUUCCGUCGGGCGGCAGGCCCUCUCGAUCGUCAUGGACAUCUCCAGCGAGCUCGUCUGGGUGCAGUGCUGGCCCGGGCUCAGGCCCAUGCCCACCUUCCUGCCCAACCACUCUGGCUCCUUCACCCUGAUCGCCCCCUUCCAAUCAUCCGUGCGCAACAACUCCAGCACCUUUGGCCAGAUCCACUAUGCCGACUGGACUUGCCAUCCCGGCCACCAUGGCUGCGCAGCACGCUGCGGGUAUGUACAGCACUUCUACGGCGCCGGCAACACGUCUGGCUACCUCGCCACUGAAACAUUCGGUUUGGGGAACAGGGUCGUCAGCGGCAUGGUGUUCGGCUGCAGCAACAACGUCACGAUGUUGAGAGACAUCGAUGGAGCUUCCGGCUUCAUCGGAUUCAGUAGGGGCCCCCUCUCCCUCGUGUCGCAGCUCCAGGUCUCCAGGUUCUCCUACUUCAUGGCGCUCCCCGACGACCCCGACAACGGCAAGGACUUCGUUAGCUGGAGCUGGGGAGAUGGAGACUACGCCGACACUAAGGGCAGCCACACGCCGCUGCUGGCGGUCAGGCUCAACCAGAACCCUUACUUGUACUACGUCAACCUCACCAGCCUGCAUGUGGACGAGCAGCUCCUCACCAACAUCCCCGCGGGGACCUUCAACGUCCGGGCGAACGGCUCCGGCGGGGUGUUCCUCAGUACCACCUUGCCCUUCACCUACCUCGACGAGGCCGCGGACAAGGUUAUGAGGAGGGAGCUCAUGAGCAUGAUUGGAUCGCAGGGCCUGUGUCCGGUGAACGCUUCGGUCGGCCACAACAUGUGCUUCCUGAUGCAACACUUCUCCAAGCUGAAGGUUCCCAAGCUCGCCCUACUGUUCGACGGCGCCGACGCGACCAUGGAGCUCAAGGCGGAGAACUACUUCUGGAACGUCAGUGGCGGGAAGACGUGCCUCACCAUACUGCCGUCGACCACCGGCGAGUCCGUCCUAGGCAGCCUACUGCAGACCGGUAGGACGAUGACCUACGACAUCCACGCGGCGGCGGCAGCCUGUAUUUCUAAUUUUUGA